AUGUCGGAAGACCUCGCCAAGCAGCUGGCGAGCUACAAGGCUCAGCUGCAGCAGGUGGAGGCCGCGCUGUCCGGCAACGCCGAGAACGAGGACCUGCUCAAGCUCAAGAAGGACUUGCAGGAAGUCAUAGAAUUAACCAAAGAUCUCCUUUCAACACAACCUUCAGAAGCUCUUGCCAGUUCUGACAGUUCUGCUUCUGCUCUGCCCAGCCACUCCUGGAAAGUUGGGGACAGAUGUAUGGCAAUAUGGAGUGAAGAUGGACAGUAAGUGUAGAAAACUUCUCUAACAGUUACAUGAAAUAGUGCAAUGGUAAGAAACUUUCAUUCAGCUUGAACCGCCCACUAGGGCAAUUUGAAAGCAGAAGGAUAUCAGGCAAGAAAUAUGAUAUUAGCUGUCAUUAUAUUCACUUAUUAAAGGUCAGUAGUGUAGCUGCAAACUAAAGAGAUUUGGGGUCAUUUUUUGGAAAUGCUGUAAUA